AUGUACGGUUGGAUGAAGGAAUCGAACGACAGAGGAUGGAGGGGAGGGGGAGUUGCAUGGCAGAUAUACAAACGCACGGAAGGAGGGAAGGGCGGGAGAGAGAUUAGAGAUCAGAGACAGAGCUUCACACCUCACACCUCACACACGGGCACUAACUAUCUUACCACACGAGCAUUCACACACACCACCACACACAGGGCGUGGACACACACCCUCACUGGCCUCCCCGGAACUGGAACUGGAACUGGAACACUGGAGCUGGAACGGGGACUGGGCCAGGGGGGGUUGGCUAUUAGCCUAGACAGCUAUGGAGGAGGAUGGGAUGAGAUGCGAUGGAGUGGUGGGAUGAGAUUGAGAAGGGGAGAGAGAGAGAAGGUGAGAAGCUGGGCUGCCGUCGCCAUGGCUUGCGUCCCAGGUCUGGGUUCGGGGAUGGGAUGGGAUGAGAACGGCGGUUGCGGUGGUGGUGUACGGUGGCAGGCGAAGUAA